CUUUAUUUUUACUUUUUAUUAUUGCCUUCGCUGUUUAUUGCUUGCGUCCUUGUCUCCAACAACAACCUCAUCACAAUGUCACUCCAAUGGGCAGCCGUGUUUGGCGUUCUCUGUGCCGAGAUUCUCGCCUUCCUGGUGCUGCUCGUCAUUCCGCACGGACCGUACCUGGCACGGAUUGCCAGGUCGCAGCUGUUUGCCAAGGUCAAGUUCGGCCUGCGCAUAUUGGGCUACAUCCUGGCGUUCUUCUUCCUUGAUGCCAUGCGACUCAUGUACCGCAUCGAGAUGGAGAAGGGAACGCUCGGGUUGACGCCGCCGCCAGCGGAUGCGUACGACAAUUUCAACAUGCGCCUCUUCCGCGCGCAACGCAACGCGUACCUCAACUUUUUCGCCGUGUUCCUCCUGCUAGUGCUCAACCGAUUCGGGCAUUCAAUUUUCGAGCUCGCCGAGCUCAAGGAGAAAUGCGCACUUCUCGAAGAAGCUGCUCCCGAGCAACUGGUGGAAAAGGUGGAUCGCCUGGUUGCCUCUCGGUACGACACCACUCCUGCCACCGACGCGGCGGCGGCCGACAUGAUGGAGAAUCUGUCGCAGCACAAGUCGGCUGCCUCCGAGCUCGCCGAGCAAAGUCAGCAAGAGCAGGAAGAGCAAGUUCAAAGCCAAGAAGAAACCCUGCAGCCGCUCUUGGAUGGCGCAAAGGGCAUUUCGGCGUUCGGCACCGUCUCGGACAACAUUUUGCCGCACAACCGCGUUCUGCCACCCAAGGAGGAAGGGUUGCCCGCCGAGUACGUCAACAAGCUCAAGGACUCUCCUGUGCCCGCCGAGUCGCUUGUCUCGCGCUUGACGCAUCGCAUGACCGGACGCACAGAGUAACCGCCGCGGAGCGCCAAGAAUGGUUGUCCGAUUGAUUCUGUCGCGUGCGCUCUCGAUUUCUCUUGGCUUGUUUUGUCAUAUGCGAAUGGAAAUGCACGCAUUUGAGUGGA